GCUGGAGUGUGAAGUUCCGGAGCCCUGGCGCGGGCAGGGUCCCGGGUGUAGACGCUGCCGCCCAGCCCUCCUCAGGCUCCUCGGCACUGCCUCCGUUGCUUCAGCGGUCCCAGGGUUUGCAGGUUUGCUUUAGAGGUUGGGCGGGCGGCGCUGCUGGGAGGAGGAGCGCCGGAAGAGUCAAUCUGGCCAGCCCCCGGCCUCCGGCCUCGGCCGUCCUCGCCCUUGGGAAUCCUUGGCCGCCCAGACAGAAUGGAAGUAGGCGCCGGAGAGCCCGUUCUGCAUUUUGAUUCAUCUCGGGCGCUAUAAGAAUCCUAAGCAAAUCAAAUGGCAUCUGGAGAUUUCUGCUCACCUGGAGAAGGGAUGGAAAUACUUCAACAAGUGUGCAGCAAACAGCUUCCUCCUUGUAACCUGAGUGAAGAGGACCUGUUACAGAACCCAUACUUCAGCAAGCUGCUCCUGAGCCUCUCACAGCAUGUGGACGAGAGUGGCUUAAGCCUCACCCUGGCAAAGGAGCAGGCUCAGGCAUGGAAGGAAGUUCGACUGCAUAAGACAACAUGGUUGAGGUCUGAGAUUUUACAGAGAAUCAUUCAAGAGCUGCUUGUGGACUACUAUGUGAAGACACAAGACACAAAUUUAACUUCUGAGGACAAAAAGUUUCAUGAGACCCUUGAACAGCGGCUACUUGUGACUGAACUGACACGGCUCUUAGGCCCUAGCCAGGAGAGGGAGAUACCUCCACUGCUAGGGCUGGAGAAAGCAGACCUUCUGGAACUCAUGCCACCCUCAGAGGACUUUGUGUGGAUGAGAGCACGACUCCAGCUAGAAGUGGAAGAGCAGCUGAAGAAGAAAUGUUUCACUCUGCUGUGCUACCAUGAUCCCAAUUCAGAUGCUGACAGUGAAACCCUGAAGGCAGCAAAGGUGUGGAAACUGGCAGAGGUCCUGGUGGGUGAGAAGCAGCAGUGCCAGGAAGCCAAGAGCCAGCAGAAGGAGCAGAUGGUGCUUCUGGAGAAGAAGAGUGCCACCUACUCCCAGGUGCUUCUCCGCUGCCUCACCUUGCUGCAGAGGCUUCUUCAGGAACACCGGCUGCAGACCCAGUCUGAGCUAGACCGCAUCAAUGCCCAGUACCUGGAAAUCAAGUGCAGUGCCAUGAUCCUGAAGCUGAGGAUGGAGGAGCUAAAGAUUUUGUCUGAUACUUACACUGCCGAGAAAGUGGAGAUUCAUCGUCUCAUUAGGGACCGUUUGGAGGGAGCUAUUCGCCUACAAGAACAGGACAUGGAAAAGUCGAGACAGGUCCUGAACACCUAUGAGGUCCUUGGGGAGGAGUUUGACAGGCUGGUAAAAGAGUACACUCAACUCAAGCAGGCAACCGAGAACAAGCGCUGGGCUCUCCAGGAGUUCAACAAGGCCUACCACUGAGUGCUGGCAGGGCCAGGAAGCAUGGCUUCUGCACAGCCUCGUACUCUUCCUACUAGCAGGACCAUUUUCACCUGGGGCUGCCUUCAUCAUUAUAAGGGAGUGUGGAGAUGCUGGCUUCAAACACUGCAGGUGUUUAGGCACCCUCCUGGUUUCUCUUUCUUGUCUACAAUGACUGGACCUCUUUUGGAAAAUGUAGCAAGCAGAUUUAUAUAAUUUUAUGCAUAGUUGUUUGUCUGUGUCAGCCCUGUAUUAUAUUUGAUUGUCUCCUGAAUAAAGGGAUGAUAUUAUGUCUU